GCAACCAGCGAAAUCAAAACCCCCACACUCUGGCGAAACCUAGAGUCACGAUCGAAGCCUCAACCCACAUCACAGAACCGCCGUAAUUCGCAGAAACCAAUCUCUCAAGAUGUCUAACGCCAAGAGAACCCAGCUCGAUUCCGACGCUGACCACGGCGACGAUGACGUCAUCAAGUUCCAGAAACUAGGGACUGUGGAUUCGUCCCCGUCAGCCGCCGGAGAGCAACCCCUGCCGGAGUAUUUUUCUUUCUCUCCGCGGCGGCCGAGAGUGGUCCUCACGCCGGAUCAGCACAAGUGGUGCUCCCAGGCUCUCAAGGUGUUCAAAGACAAGCUAGACAAGCCUGGCCUGAUCAGCCGGGAGUUUGAUGAGCUGUAUGAGCGAGCUGUGGUUGAGAAGAGCUGCAAUGUGGGUCUCAGCAGUGCCAACUGGAGGAAGAAUCGGUACGACGAGAUCUUGCCGUUUGAUGAAAGCAGGGUUGUUCUGAAGGGGAGGUCUAACAGUAGUGGAGGUGACUACAUCAAUGCCAGCUUUGUGACGACUAGCGCGUCUCGUUUCAUUGCUACGCAAGGUCCACUUCCGAAUACUUACGAGGAUUUCUGGGAGAUGGUGAUGCAGUACCGGUGCCCUGUUAUCGUUAUGCUUACUAGAUUGGAUAGCGGUAAGUGUGGAGACUAUUUUCGAGCAGAGGAUGAAAGAGAUUUUGGAAAUGUGUGUAUUGUCACUAAGUGGAUUGGAAGUAGUGAGUCUGGUGGGAGUAGUUCUUCGUUAGUGUUGAGGCUUUUGGAGGUGAGGCGUAAGGCGGGGUCAGAGGAGCCGCCUGUGUCUGUGUUGCAUAUUCACUAUCCUGAAUGGCCUGACCAUGGAGUUCCCGCGGACACGCAUGAUGUUCGUGAUAUUUUGAAAGGAUUGAUAUAUCAAGUGGAGCCACCGGAGCUUGGCCCGAUUGUGGUGCAUUGUAGUGCAGGUAUUGGGAGGACCGGAACAUACUGCACGAUUCAUGAUACAAUGAAGAGAAUUCUAUCUGGGGACAUGUCUGCUUUGGAUCUUGUUGGUACAAUAGCCACAUUCAGGUCUCAGCGAGAUGGAAUGGUCGAGACUCUGAAGCAAUAUCAGUUCUGUUAUUCUGCCAUUGUUGAUGAAUUGGAGGACCUCAUCUCGAAUCAUGGAGAUAGCAAUUGAAUAAUGGAGUUCAGAUCAAAAGAGGCAGCUGCAUCAAUUACAUUGCUCAUUGUGAUCAUUUCUUUCCUGGUGAAUAUUUUUCUUACAUGCUUUUAGCCAUUGUUAGUUUCUUAUUGAAUGAAGUAAUCUUUUGCCAACCAGUUCCUUCGAAAUGUCAUUACAUUAUGUAAUCGGUUAAUGCUGCCAUGUUAUAUAGCUGUAAAUGCAGCACAGAAAUGAAAGAUUCUUAUUCCAUGUUCUUAU